GAAAAAGAAGAAAAGAAAGAAAAAGAAGGGUUCAGAUCACUUCGCCGGUGAAAAUUCCGGAGGCAUUUCUCCAGCGAGGCGUGUGGACUUAGGUUCCGAAAAAUGAUAAAUCAUCGUCGUCAUCGGAAAGUUGCGACGAUGAAGAAUGAUCAUCAGAAACUCGAUCGAGUCGACUCUGGCGUAGAAGAUAAGGUGAAGAAGCAGAGAUUUAAGAGGAAACUGUUGAGAUACGAAGAGUUACCGGAUUAUUUACGAGAUAACGACUUCAUUUUGAAUUAUUACCGAUGCGAAUGGCCAUUGAAGGACAUUUUAUUAAGCGUUUUCUUAUGGCACAACGAGACGCUAAAUAUCUGGACGCAUUUGGGAGGAUUUCUAAUAUUCGUUGGAUUAACGGUGUUGAGUUCCAUGGACGAUUUUGGAGAUGGAGGUGUAAUCGCUAGCUUCUCCAGAGCUCAAGUAUCAGGACCGUUGAUGACGAUGAAUGAUGUGAACGCCUCUGAUAAUAUACAUCGCAUCUUCCAGGACUCACACUUGAGACACAUUUCUCAGUCAACACUCUUUGAUUUGAAGAAAGAAGAUGGCUAUAACUCUAUUCCAAAAUGGCCCUGGUUUGUUUUCUUGUCUGGUGCAAUGGGGUGCUUGGUUUUCAGCUCCGUUUCGCACCUCUUUGCUUGCCACUCCAGACGCUUUAGCCUCUUCUUCUGGCGCCUGGAUUACGCCGGCAUCUCCCUCAUGAUAGUCUGCUCCUUCUUUGCUCCGAUCUACUACGCCUUCUUCUGCCAUCCAUACUCAUGCUUCUUCUAUCUCACAUCCAUAUCGGUGCUCGGCAUCCUCGCCAUCGUCACUUUGUUAUCGCCGACUCUCUCUGCAACCUGUUACCGGAAUCUUCGAGCUUCCUUGUUUCUUGCAAUGGGGUUUUCAGGGGUGAUCCCAGCAGCACAUGCGGUUUCUUUGAACUGGGGACAUCCGCAUAUAUUUGUCGCUUUAAUAUACGAGGUUGUGAUGGCGUUCCUAUACGCCGGGGGUGCCGUGGUUUACACCGGCAGGAUACCGGAGCGGUGGAAGCCCGGUGCAUUCGAUAUUGCCGGGCACAGCCACCAGAUCUUUCAUGUGUUUGUUGUCCUUGCAGCGCUUGCUCAUAGUGUUGCCACCCUUGUGAUUAUGGAUUUCCGUCGGGAAUCUGCAACAUGUGGGUAUUAGUGUUCAAGUGUUAGGUAAACAAUGUUUGAUGACGAGGGGAAAUUCUUAGUUCUCGCUGUUUUUGACUUAAAUUGAAUCAAUUCCAACAAUAUUUU